AGAUACCUAUCGCACACCGUACAAACACGAGUGCUCAACCCCGCCUUCCUUCCCAUGCUUCUCCGCACUCUUCGUGCAACUCUUUUCCCUCAGAACGGACUAGCCCCAGCACGGCAGCCACCUUCGGAGGAAGAGGCGAAGGCAAUCAAGCGGCGUUGCGCCGCCACGCUGCUAGGCUUACUGCCAACAACGGUGGCGUCUGCAUUUUUUGCGAACCAAAAUCAAGUAGACCACCUUCGGCAGGUGGAAGCGCUGCUGGACUGCCUCGACGACACUUACCUCAACAAACAUCUCAUUUUCGCGAUCGUGGAGCUGGUAGUACUGCGGUUGGUGCCGGAACUAGGAGAUGGAGGGGUACAGGCUCUCCUCGAAGAGAGGUUGGGGUAG